AUGUCCCACUCUCACUCACAUGAAGGCGGCGUGUCGCACUCACACGAUGGGUUUUCGGCACAGGAACACGGCCACUCGCAUGAGAUUUUGGACGGUCCGGGCAGUUACAUCGGGAGAGAGAUGCCCAUUGUAGAGGGGAGGACCUGGUCCGACAGAGCUUUUACAAUUGGUAUCGGAGGACCCGUCGGCUCCGGCAAAACCGCCCUCAUGCUGGCCCUCUGCCUCGCCCUCCGCCAAAAGUACAGCCUCGCCGCCGUCACCAACGACAUCUUCACCCGCGAAGACGCCGAAUUCCUCACCCGCAACGCCGCCCUCCCCCCUCAACGCAUCCGCGCCAUCGAAACCGGCGGGUGUCCUCACGCCGCCGUCCGCGAGGACAUCUCCACCAACCUCGCUGCCCUGGAGGACCUGCACGGCCAGUUCUCCACGGACCUGCUGCUCAUCGAGUCCGGCGGCGACAACCUGGCGGCCAACUACUCGCGCGAGCUGGCCGACUUCAUCAUCUACGUGAUUGACGUGAGUGGCGGGGACAAGGUUCCGCGGAAGGGCGGGCCGGGGAUCACGCAGAGCGAUUUGCUGGUGGUGAAUAAGACGGAUCUGGCGGAGGCGGUGGGCGCGGAUCUGGGCGUCAUGGAGAGGGAUGCGAGGAAGAUGAGGGAGGGGGGCCCGACGGUCUUUGCGCAGGUGAAGAAGGAUGUGGGCGUUGACCAUAUUGUGAACUUGAUAUUGAGUGCGUGGAAGGCGAGUGGUGCGGAGGAGGAGAGGGUGAAGCAGGGGGGGCCGAGGCCGACGCCUGGGUUGGAGGAGCUGGAGAAGAAAUAA